AGAGCUGACGGGGAUGAAUCUGGGAGGGCCCCUGCCCGCCACCAUUGGUGACCUGGUGGCUCUCUCGCACCUGACAUUGGAUAGGGACGGCAUCACAGGCCCCAUCCCAUCCACCAUUGGCCAGCUCACUGCCCUCACCUGGUUCUCCAUGGCUCGCAACAACCUCACGGGUAGCUUUCCAAAGACCUUCACCAACCUGGUCAACCUGAGAGACGUUUCCAUAUAUGCCAACCAGCUCAGCGGCCCUCUUCCCGACUUGAGCCUCUUCCCCAACCUGCUCCAAUGGGGGUCAUCAGGCAACAGUCUGGCAGGGCCGAUACCGUCACGCAUUGGCGCCUGCACUGAAUUGAUAGCCCUGUACCUGCAGGAGAAUCAGCUUUCAGGAAGUAUCCCAGACUCCAUCACAGCGCUAACCAGUCUCACACACAUGGACCUUUCAUACAACAGUCUCUCUGGCAGCAUACCUUCCAGCAUUGGCAACCUUAGCUGGCUCACCUCUCUAGCAUUGAAGGAGAAUCGCAUUGGUGGCACCAUUCCGGAUUCUCUGACCAACCUUGUAGCGUUGUCCCACCUUGACCUAUCUUACAACAACCAGCUCUCAGGGACCCUCCCCUACAGCAUUGGUAACCUGCAGAAGCUCGUCGACCUCUAUGUCGGCAACACGGACAUGCAAGGGAGCCUGCCCGAGACCCUUGCGACAAUGACCAACCUCGAAACCAUGUCAUACGACAGCCUGCUCAUGUCGUGCCCCACAGGUCCCUGCACCGUUGAUGCUGUCAACACCACGCUCUUCUGCUCUGACUGCUCCGCCUUCUGCUCCUCCUGCAGCGCCACGCCUG